CCAAAAAGUGAUGAGUAUUCGUCGCAAAAGAAAAGUUUUUUCAGAUAAACGAGAAAUUGAAGUUAUUUGUCAAAGCUUUGCACCUUUAGCAGCUCAUUCGUUUUUUGAUUAUUUGCGGCGCUCAAAGCAACUUGCCUUUGUAUGGUUACUUUUGAAAGAGAACCCGUCUCGAAAUAAGGAAGAGUUAGUGGAACGUAUUCUACAAGUCAAAGAUUUGCAUCGCAAAAGUAAUCAAACACUGCGUGAAAACAUUCAGAAAAAUAUACAAAGAGUAGCCAAUUGGUUCAUACUCGUCAGUCGUAUAAAAUAUUGGAAAGAAACGAGAUUUAGCAAAGAUAACGAAGAACAUAAGGCAAUAUUGGAAGAGCUUUGGGACACUUUGACCAAGAAUCAGGAACAUUUAUGGAAAGAUUGGACAGACAUAGGUUUCCAAGGAAAGGACCCAAGUACGGACUUUCGAGGAGCUGGCUUAUUAUCUCUCUUACAACUGGUUUACUUUGCCAAGAAAUACUUUUCACUUUGUCAAAGAGUAUUGUACAACUGCAAUACAACAGAGCCAAAGUAUCCAUUCGCCUGUACCGGUAUUUACUGUACAGAAGCGCUCACAAACUUGUUAGAACAAGGAAUAUUACUUCCAUUAGGAGAACGGCAAAGUGACGAAGAUGAUGACUCUUUGGAAACUUUUCAUGAAGAGUAUGUCCGGUUGUUUCUACUCUUUCAUCACAACUGGCACACAGGUAACCCUCAAAACCUUUUGGAGUUCGGGAAAUAUAUGAACAAGACGAUUCAACAAGCAAAAGAUAGAUUGCGCCAACAAGGAACUAUUCUUACUACCGAAGAACUGCUGAAAACUCAAAAUACUCUAGUUUAGCUUCCACAAACACGACUUGCUCUAUGA